CCCCCAGGCCGCGCUCUAGGGGCGGGACUCAGGGCGGUUUGAAAGAUCGGCGCGCACAGCAGGAGCGGCGGUCGGCCUUGAGGCUGUGAUGUCGGUGUUGAGGCCGCUGGACAAGCUGCCCAGCCUGAACACGGCCACCAUCUUGCUGGUAGGCACGGAGGAUGCUCUUCUGCAGCAGCUGGCGGACUCGAUGCUCAAGGAGGACUGCGCCUCCGAGCUGAAGGUCCACUUGGCAAAGUCCCUCCCUUUGCCCUCCAGUGUGAAUCGGCCACGAAUUGACCUGAUCGUGUUUGUGGUUAAUCUUCACAGCAAAUACAGCCUCCAGAACACCGAGGAGUCCCUGCGCCAUGUGGAUGCCAGCUUCUUCUUGGGGAAGGUGUGUUUCCUUGCCACAGGUGGUGGAAGGCUUUCGGGCCACCAUGGCGCAGCGCCUGGUGCGCGUGCUGCAGAUCUGCGCUGGCCACGUGCCCGGUGUCUCAGCUCUGAACCUGCUGUCCCUGCUGAGAAGCUCUGAGGGCCCCUCCCUGGAGGACCUGUGAGGGCGACUGGCCCCCGGGCUGCCUCCGCCCAUGGCUUCGUGCUGACUCCAUAAACAUUCUCUGUGGAGGAUGUCCAGUCAGGGCUUGACAGGCCCAGGCUCAGCCUCCAGUGGUUGGGAAGGCUCCCUGUAGCACCUGUGCUCCAGCAGGGAGAGCUAGGCAGAAGCAGCGAGGGGGCCCAGCUGGUGGGACUCCAGCCCCCUCCCACUCCCACACUCACUCUUGCAGAGCCUUGUGUCUUUAAGCAGCUGGCGUGUUACAUCUCCAUUUAAGGUUUCCUUCGAAUAAAAGGUCUGUGACUAAAAAAAGUUGAGAAAUCACUGGUCUCAUUCACCACUUUAUAGGUACGGAAACUGACUCAGAACAAUUAAAGAGUAGGGCAGGGUGGGCCGGGUGCAGAGGCUCACGCCUGUAAUACCAACACUUUGGGAGGCCAAGGUGGGUGGAUCACUUGAGAUCAGGGAUUUGAGACCAGCCUGGCCAACAUGGUGAAACCCCCUCUCUACAAAAAU